AUGGCCUCCAACCACAAACCCAAGAAACUUAUGGUUUCCUCUUCCCAAUCAAAUCUUUGCACCACCCUCUUCUUCAUCGUCCUCUUCACCAUCCCCGCCCUUUUUCUCCUCCACACCACCACCACCACCUCUCUCUGUACCACUUCCUUUUCCACCCAUCCCAGCCCAAGCUGGUCCGGCAAUCUCCUUGCCGCUCAGUUCGCCUGGAACCGCCUUCCCUUAGUUCAAGACCGUUCUCGACCCACCGCCCUCAGAAUCGCCGUCUUCUCAAGAAAGUGGCCUAUUGGCACCAUCCCGGGGGGCAUGGAACGCCACGCUCACACUCUCCACACGACACUUUCCCUCCUCGGCCAUCAAGUCCAUGUGUUCACCUCCCCAGUCCUGCCCAAGGAGCUGAUCAAACUCGACAACCAACAAGGAAGUCCGAGCCCAUCAUCGCCCUACAUUCACUUCCACGAGGGCGAACCAGGGCGAUGGCAUUACAACAAGGCAUGGGAGCAGUUUUUGGAAGAAAACCAACGCGAACAAUUCGACGUGGUUCACUCCGAAAGCGUGGCGCUACCUCAUUGGCUAGCGCGAAACCUACCGAACCUUGCAGUGUCAUGGCAUGGGAUCGCCCUCGAAAGCUUACACUCGGACAUCUUCCAAGAUUUAACACGCAAGCCGAACGAGCCUAUCUCCCCAUCUUUCAACCAAAGCAUCCAAGGGGUUGUCCCAAAAGUGUUGAACGAGAUAAGAUUCUUCCAUAACUAUGCCCAUCAUGUUGCUAUAAGUGAUAGUUGUGGGGAGAUGCUAAGGGAUGUCUACCAAAUACCAGACAAAAGAGUGCAUGUGAUUGUCAACGGUGUUGACGAAGCGGACUUUGGUGUGGAUGAUAACCUAGGCCAAGAGUUUAGGUCUGCAAUUGGCAUACCGAAAAAUGCUAGUUUGGUAUUGGGAGUGGCCGGAAGAUUAGUGAAAGACAAAGGCCAUCCUAUACUAUACGAAGCAUUCUCAAAGCUUAUAGAUAAGAACCCUAACGUGUAUUUGAUCGUAGCCGGUUCAGGACCAUGGGAGGGAAGGUACAAGGAUUUGGGGCCUCAAGUGCUAGUUCUUGGAUCUAUGAGUCCGUCUAAAUUACAUGCAUUUUAUAACGGCAUCGACAUUUUUGUGAAUCCAACGCUUAGACCGCAGGGCCUCGAUCUUACUCUAAUGGAGGCAAUGAUGAGUGGGAAGCCGGUGAUGGCGUCGAGGUUUCCGAGCAUAAAAGGUACUAUUGUUGUGGAUGAUGAGUUUGGCUUCAUGUUUUCUCCGAACGUCGAAUCUUUGUUCGAGGCUUUGGAGUUGGCUGUGAGUGAAGGGCCAAAGAGGGCAGCCCAAAGGGGAAGGGCUUGCCGGGAAUAUGCUAAUUCUAUGUUUACGGCAAGAAAGAUGGCAUUAGCAUACGAGAGGUUGUUUCUUUGUAUAAAAAAUGAAAAAUUUUGUGCUUACCCUUGAUUAAUUAGACUAUAGAUUUCUUUUUUUUUUUAAAUACGUAUAUUCUUAUUACAAAUUAAAUUUUCAUAGGAACUUUGUAUUGUUUUUACAUGGUAUAUUAAAGAUUUGAUCAGCUUCUUAAUUGUUUUUAUAUACAUGGAGCUAUUACUGACUUUCUCAAAUCAUCAUUUGCCCUUUCUUUUUACUAAGUAGAGGAGAAGGUUUGAAUUUAAAACGUAAUGAGUUAGAGAGGAAGACUCCAUGUACCAU